AUGCGUCUGCAGCGCGCAGCCGCCGCCGCGAAGACGUACGUGCUGCACCUGGGCCGCGAGACGAGCGUGCACGGCGUCAGCCACCUGGUCGCCCCCGACAGGCACCCACUGGAAGUUGCGCUGUGGGGCUUCAGCAUAGUGGUAGCGAUUGCAGUCAGCGUACAGCUCACAAUGAGCAGCUACAGACGGUUCCAGGAGCAGCCGACUGUUGUGUCGCUGGAGAAAGACUACCAGAACUGGCAAAAUUUGUUUCCCGCAGUCACUGUCUGCUACAGAGACAGGCUCGACGAGAAAGCAGCAGCGGAAUAUAUCUCACGGAAGUGGGCCUAUGCGACUGAUAAGCAGAAUUAUUAUAUGAACUUCCUCGCAGACGUAGUGAAUAUUUCGCUGUUAAAUCUCGCAGCAUUUACGAAGUACCAGGAAGACCGCACGCUCUAUGGCAUUGCCGACGAAAUGAAGAGUAUCGCCACAGAAACACACAUACGCUACAAACCUUCCAAACAGUUCCGCUCCCUCCUCACGGAUAAGAAAUUUGAAAGUGUUUUCACAGAAUUUGGCUUAUGUUUCUCGCUAGCAUCUUCAAUUGCUGUAGCUUUGGAACCAAUAAAUUCGACAAAGCCAAAGAAAUUUUCGGAGCCAUGGAAAUGUAACUCGGUUACUGAUCAAGUAUGCUACGGCCAUUUGCAGUUUGACAAGUUGAAGACACAGGUGCAGAUAUUUGUUCACUCUCCGUAUGAGAUAGCAGCUACAGGAACGUGGUUCCACUAUCUGGAAGGAAAAAGAGUCGUGAGCGCCGCGUUCAAAAACUUCCAGCUGGUAUCGACACCUGAAGUCCUGGCAUUAUCUGUUCGACAGAGGGGCUGUUACUUGUAUGAUCAAAAGCGAAAUUUGCCGUACAGCGUCAAUCUUUGCAAAAUGACCUGUAGAGCGAAUUUCGCAAUGCGCUUAUGUCGAUGUGUGCCUUACUUCUACUCUACACUUGGUAUUAGACCGAUAUGUGAUGUCAGAGGUCUUGCUUGUCUUGCGCCAUAUGCUAAAAACCUGGAACAUCUGACUAACAAAAAUGGUAAACCAGUCAGCUGCAAAUGUGUUAAUCCUUGUGAUACAGUUCAUUACACAGUGUCAAAAAUAAGCGAAUUAGCAAUGAAAUCCAUUGCUGGAGGUUUCAGUCUGGACGGACUCGUUUUUAAAUGGAGCAUAGCGCCGUACAACAAAUCUAGAUACAAAAGAGAAACAUUGUACACUUUUGAAGACUUACUGGUGUCUUUAGGUGGUACAGCAGCCUUGUUCCUGGGUUGCAGUUUACUUAGCGCCGUGGAACUGGUCUACUUGUUGACUCUUCGUCUCAUUUUCUUGCGCGUUCAGACUGAUGUCUCUCCGGAAAAAAGGAAAAGGAAGAAGAGGAGGCUAAAAUGGCUCGAAAACAUUACCAAGGAAAUAUUGUGAGCUGAAGCUAGUAAAUAUAGUCAUGCAGUGACG